AGAUUUAUAAGUGAAGAUAUAAAAUUUCUGGAAACUUGUAAACGUAAUUCAGUUGUUUUUCCAAAAUUCAUUCAAAUUAAAAUUUCAACUAACUGAAGAAACCACGAGCGUGUUGCACUUUUACUAAAACAAACAUGGUUAAGUUCAAAAAUUGUUCAUCUUUAGGCCAAACGAAAUAAACUUGUAAUUCAAACUUACAGAUUUUGGAAAUCAUUAACAAUGAACUUGGAUAGAACAGAACAACAAUGCUUGAUUUUCAAAAGGAAUUAAGGACAUUGGGUGGUUUUUCCAGAGAAAUGAUGCUCCUAUGAGAAAUAUCAACAUUGUUGAGAAUCAAUCUUCGGUAACAUUUAAUGAUAAUGAAUUGGAAUCGCAGUUACAAAUACUAUUUGUUAUCAAUCGUUUGAAUGUGGGAACAUCGGCUUAACGAACCAACGAAACAUUUUUUUCGGGGAACCAGUAACUCAGACAGCAAUUGGCACAAAAAUCUGUGAAUCGUUCAAGUAAAGAAUCUAAGGCAGAAGUAGAACCUAGAACUACAAACAGUGACAUUGAGGAGGAAAUCGAAAAAAAUCUCAACGGAUACUGUUAUCAAUGUCAGGGUGAGUGACAAAAAGAAAACUCGCCCAAAAAAGAAGAAGCCUCAAAUAACUAGCCAAGACCAAAACAAACAAAUGACGAUAAGAGGCGGUAACGAAUCGCACAUAUUUUCUGCGAUGAUUUCUCGGGCAUGGGUAUUAUUAGUAUAGGCAGAGUCCGCAAAACCACCACCUGUGACCAGGUUAGAAAGGUCCUUGAAGGUAAACAUAAUGAUAAAAACUUUGUGCUAGAAGCUCUACCGAGUAAUCAAAACGCCAUAACUGCUUCAUUCAAGGUAGGUGCCACGCUGACCAGGAAUAAAACUGACGAAUUAGAAGUGAGACUAAAUGGUGAAAACGAGAGAUACGGGAUUAUUGGUCUAAGUGAACACUGGCUCUUAUCGCAUGAAAGUGACGAGUUAGCCAUUGCUAACUACACAGUGAGUUCUCAUUUCUCUAGAGCCAGAGGAUAUGGUAACAAUAUUGUAUAAUCCAAGUAAUGCUACGAUUAUGUCAAAACUAAAGUCAACAGAAUUAUAUGGAAAAUUAUGAACCUACAAAAACUAUCUCACUAUACAUUCUGAAAGUCUUAUUUGUAACGUAAAUAAUAACAUUGUCUAAAAAGUUAAUUCCGUAAUUGUAAAGUUUAUUGGAGGCAAACGAAUUAAUUACUGGAAAACAAGGUCUUAUCAAAGCAGAUGUGGUGCUGCUGUUGUUAGCCACAAUACGGAAAGAGCAAUUUUUCUGAUGCGAAAGCAUUUAGGCCACAGAAUUAGUCUAGGAAAAUUUACUAAGCAACCUGAACUAAGGACCAUCGAAAAAAAUGAAUAAAGAAAAAAAAUGUCGACAGCUCGUAAAAGCUUGUUUGACACCAACUGGGGAGACAAAUUUUAUGGAGAAAAAAGAGGAAUCUUUGAAAAGCAAGGCAAAAUUCUUGGAAGCUUUGCGAAAAUCUUCCAUCGAAACUGCAGAGAUAGAAAUCGUUACCAGACAUCAGCAAGAUAGUGAUGCUUGGUAUAUUGAAAGGAGGAAAAGAUUAACUGCGUCCAAAUUUGGCGAAGUAUGUAAAAUGAGGGAGACCACAAGCUACAGGAUCAUGGCCAGUAAUAUAAUUUACUCGAGAGAUUUUUUUAGUAGGGCAUGACAGUAUGGUAAGGACAAUGAAGCCGCAGCUAGAGAAUCAUUCCAAAACAAUUAGACCUUGUGGACUAUUUAUUAACGUAAAAUUUCCUUUUCUUGGUGCAUCACCGGAUGGGAUAAUUAAGCAUAAGGGUAUUUUAGAAAUAAAGUGCCCUUGGUCUGUCAGAAAUAUAACACCAGAAGAAAGUGUUACAAGGAAAUUUAUUUCUUUCUGGAAUAACUCCGCAGGAGAAGUAAAUCAAAAUCAUAACUGGUUCUACCAAAUUCAAGGACAGUUACACAUCGCCAAGAAAAGUUGUGUUUUUACAGUGGGGGCUCCACAUGGAGUUACAAUAAAAACCACGACGUCUUUUAGAAAAGAAAUAUGGAAAGCAAAUUAAAGACAUUUUUUUUAAUUUGCUUGCUUCCGGAAUUGGUAGAUCCUAGAAGACCUAGAAAUAUGCCA